AUGGACAAGUAUGAAAUAGUUAAAAAGAUUGGGGAAGGCGCCUUUGGCAAAGUAUUCUUGGCUAGAGGAAAAGAGGAUAACCGACAGUGUGUUAUCAAAGAGGUCAAUUUAAUGAAGAUGCUGAGGAAAGAAAAAGAAUCCUCUCAGAAAGAAGUUGCUCUUCUGGCCAAGAUGAAGCACCCCAAUAUAGUAGCCUUCUACUCUUCACUUCAAGAGAAAAAUAAGCUAUAUAUUAUUAUGGAGUACUGUGAUGGAGGGGAUCUAAUGCAGAAAAUACAACAACAGCGUGGAGUGUUGUUUGAAGAAGACAAGAUCCUGGAUUGGUUUGUACAGAUAUCUUUAGGACUAAAGCAUAUACAUGACAGGAAGAUUCUACACAGAGAUGUAAAAGCACAGAACAUUUUUCUCAGCAAUAAUGGAAAGACAGUGAAACUUGGAGACUUUGGGAUCGCAAGAACAUUAAGCGAUACUAUGGAAUUUGCUUGUACCUGUGUAGGAACACCAUACUACCUAUCUCCUGAAAUCUGUGAGAACUGCCCAUAUAACAAUAAAACAGAUAUAUGGUCUCUUGGAUGUGUUUUAUAUGAGCUCUGUACUUUAAAACAUCCUUUUGAAGGUGUAAAUAUUCACCAACUCGUGCUGAGGAUCUGCAGAGGCCAUUUCGUGCCGGUAUCUACAAAGUAUUCGUAUGACUUGAGAAUUUUAAUAUCCCAGUUGUUUAAAACAGCUCCAAGAAAUCGCCCUUCUAUCAACUCCAUAUUGAAAAAGCCCUUCUUGGAGAAGCGAAUAAAGAAACAUUUAUCUCCAGAGCUAAUCGAAGAAGAAUUCAGCCACACUGUUAUUCACAGAAAAAGACCGCUAGCUUCAGUGUCAUCUGCACCUAAAGCUCAGAAAUUAAAAAUCCAUGGUCGUCAUCCUCUGAGACCCAAGAUGGAGGUGCAUGCUGGAAAACAAAAAUUAUUAGGUAAAAACGAAUGCAAAUCUUCAAGACUGCAGGACCCUGUUGUCCAGCACAGGAAUCCUAAGUUUAAGUUGUGUGGGAAGCCAGAGUUUGUCAGAAUGUGUGGGCCCUACGACCACUAUUAUGAAAAACUUGACAAGUUGCGGGAGAGGGCCUCUGGGGAAGGCGACUGUCAUAUUAGCCAAAGAAUGGAAGAUUAUUUUAAGCAGAAAGGACAAGAACCACCAUCACCACCGCCUCAUUGGCCUGCAGACUACCUUCAAAGACGAUUCAAUGCCCAGCAAUACAAGAUAAAAGUAGAGAAGCAACUUGGGCUGCGGCCAUCGUCUGCUGAUCCCCGCUAUCAUGAGAUGCAGAAUCAGGAGAUGAAGGAAGAGAAACUUAGAGUCCCCCCAAAAAAUGAAAUGAAAGAACAGGAAUACCUAGAAGAGCUGCAGAAUAUUCGUCGACAGUACCAAAGUGAAGUCAAUGAAAUUAAGCUUAGAGCAGAAGCAUUAGAGAACACAAAUGUAAAUGGCAAAACCUAUCUUGUGAAACAAAAGAAGACUGAGGACCAGCCUUCUCACAACAGUGACAUCCCUGGAAGAAAAGAUGAUCCAGUCCAGGUUAUUGAACAAAACUUGAAAAAACUGGGACUGCGUAACUGGAAAGACAGAAAUGUCAUGGAAGUAAAACACAAAGCAAAGGGUGGUAUAAAGUUUCAGAUUGAUUUAGAGGAUGGAGUUCCAGAUGUGAAUAAUUCCCAAGGCCAGAAAGAGGAACAGAAUGAGCUUAAUGAAACCUUGACUUUUGAGGAUGGAAAAGAUCUUAAGGAAAAGCUGACAAAUGUCUGUAAUGAUUAUACUGACAGAGCUUUGGCAGAAUUAUGCUGUUUGGAAACAGAUUCUGAGAAUGAAGAUGAUUCCACAGCAGACAGGAAGCACUGGCAGGCUGCAGCCCCACAAACUCUCCUGAAUCUCUUAGGGAAUUCAGAGGUGACGUCUGUGUCCCCAGCCACAGAUGAAGCAGACCCAGUGACCAUUGUGCCUUCGGAAUUCCGUGAAAAAAGGAAAAAAUGGAGCCAAGAAUCCCCUGGGACACUACUGAACAUGUUAGCAGAAGCCGAGUGCUCCAGUGACACUCUGAACCAAGAUGGAGAACCCAAGGAGACAGUUACCCCAGGGACUCCCAAAACUGAUGAAGCUGAUUCAGAACCAAGUUCUGCUGUUGAUGUGGAUGAAGACAGACUUGAGCCAAGAUCUGAUGAUGACGACACUAACUUUGAAGAAUCGGACGAUGAAUUGAGGGAUGAGCUGAUAGAAUCCUUGGAGAAAGUAAUAUCGUCCCUGGAAGAGGAGGCUUUAAAAGCGGACCCAAAUCAACAGGGAAAAGACGGUUUAACUGAUAAAACAUCUGAUGGAGCUUUGGAAGAAAAUGGUGACCUGACUGGAAACAAACAGGAAGCUGCAGUCAGUUAA